UAUAGCAUUAUUCGGUAACCAUAGCACAGCCUCAAACUGGAGACGAACUGUAUACAUACGACCAAUAGAUGACACGCUUAUUUGGUUUAUAAAUAAACGUGGUUUUCAAUUGCUUUAUACAUUUUAUACAAUUCGUGUCUUCCGGAUUUAUUAGGGAUAAUAUUGCUAAAAUGACAGCCCAAUGUGAUCACCUUACGGAGGAACAGAUAAAAGAAUUUAGGGAGGCAUUCGACAUGUUCGAUAAAGACGGAGAUGGCCAAAUCACGACGACCGAGCUCGGAGCGGUGAUGAAGGCACUCGGUCAGACACCGACAGAAGACGAACUGAAGGACAUGAUCAAUGAGAUGGAUGCUAACGGCAACGGUACAAUUGAUUUUUCGGAGUUUCUCAAGUCAAUGGGUAGAAAGGUCGACGAGGAAGAGCUGAGGGCCGCCUUCAAGCAUUUCGAUAAAGACGGAAAUGGCCAAAUACAAGCGAGCGAGUUGAAGACAGCUAUGGAGAGCCUUGGCGAAAAACUGUCGGAUGAACAAAUUGAAGCUAUGAUCCAGUCGUGUGACUUGGAUAAGGACGGGAUGGUCAGUUAUGAGGAAUUCGUCAAGAUGAUGUCAACUGUGUAGAACUGGAAUGUCGGUGAUUCCCCAGUAUAGGUGUUGAUGAGUGACAUUGAACAGCCAUUUUGAAUCUCCAGCUUCCUGAUUGUUUCUGAACAUUUGUUAAUAUAAAAUAUGGGAUGAAAUUGAUCUGAACAUUUUAUAUAUUAUAUCAAAUAUGGAAUGAAACUGUUCUGAACAUUUUAUUUAAAAUAUAAAAUAUGGGAUAAAAUUGUUAUGAACAUUUUAUGUCACAUGAGUUGAACAUUUUUCUAAUCAUCUUUUAUCAAGUACGGAAUGGUAGACGUGACAAUUGUGUUUCUUUAUAGAUUAAUACUAUUAUGAAUCUGCUGAGUUGAUUUCAAAUCAAGGUAGUGGAAGACGGGUAGAGAUAAAAAAAAAAGCAUAAUUGAAAAAAAAUAUGUCCAAACGAUAUUUAAGGAUACUUGUUACAUGGUCCUAUCUUCAAGCUCUCCAGCCAUUCCUAGUUUUUCCUAGUUUUCCUAGGUUUUUUUUUUUUAAAGUGCUCCUAUUUUUUUCUAAAAUGCUCCUAGUAUUCCUAGGUAUUUAUUUGCAGCAUUAUGUCUGAAAGUUUCAAUUUUGUAUUUCCAUUGUGUUUUGAAGAGAUGUUCAGCUGACUUGCUUAUGCUACUGACAGUAGUGGUUUCGUGUCACUGAUACAUAGUUUGGCCUUCACUCAUGGUGAUUUAAGGUUGGACUAUGCUGAAGUGACGCCAAACAGAAGCAAAUUUACAGUCAGCUGAACACAUAAAUGUUAGGUAAUUGGACAUCUAAGCAGUAGUAAGGUAAUACUUUAUCUGAUAAUACCUCCUAGUUUUGUCUCAAUAUUCCUAGUUUUUUAGUUUUUCCUUGUUUUCUGCUUGAAAAUUUCCUAGUUUUCUAAUUUUUUCCCAGAUGUAUUGCUGGAGAGGCUGUAUCCUGUCUUUGAAGGUUGUAAAUAAUAUAUCUUUUUUUUUUUUAAAUAUUACAAUAUCUAUAUUUAUAAUACACUAUUCUUAAAUCAACAUUUAGUAAAAUAUUUUGAUCGUAUUUCAUUUGAUGUAUGUUCUUCUUUGAAGUGAUGUCAAUGUCAUACAUAGUCGGUCACAGACUGUCCUAGUGGUAAAGCCAGUUGGCAUAUCAGUCAGAGAUGGUAAAAAACAUUUGAGAAACAAUAUACAUUAUAUAAUAGAUAAUAUCCAAAAGCAAUUUUUGGUUUCCCCUACGAGACAAAACCACACUCUCGCAUUACAUCGCGCCAAUGAGAGUGAUUAAUGAAAGGUUAUUAUAACUUGUUUCCCAAUCGUUGUAAAAUAAAUAAGUUUAAACUAAAACCAUUUUUACCAUCUCUGACUUAUACUGCCUCCUAUGGGUAAUUCUGAGCUUGUAAGCUUGGUGGUGGACGCAUUUUUGUAAAACUUGCCUUUAAACAUUUACAUUUAUUGGUUUUCACUGUCGAACCUCAUUGGGUCGAACUCCCAGGGACCGGCAAAAAACCUCGAGCCUCGAAAAAUUCGAGCUAAGUGGGAAUGCUUACCUUCAGUCUGAAGAAAUCCGUCCUUUACAUCUAGUUCUAGGAAUUCCAGUCAAUCGAGUUCGAGCCAACAAGUAAAUCGAGCCAAGCGAGUUCGAGCCAACGGGGUCGACCGAAAUUAUCAGGUGUGAUUGCCCCUGUAUUUUUCAUGGUAACAUUAACCCUUUAACACUGCCGAGGAGGGGGGGGGGAGUUAAACUUCUAGUUAGUUCCAAUAUCAGUACCAAAUUGCUGUAAUAAACAGUGGCUAUCAAUUUAACAUCGCUAUUUUUACUGACCUUCUCAUAUUCUGGGACAACUGACAAUUAAUCCAGCAUUUAGCCUCGAGUCAAUAUUUUCCAUUGGCAAGGCAGACCAUAAUAUACUUAACUGAUUGACAUUAAACUGUUCCCAAGUAGUAGGCAGUAUUUCAUGAUUCUGGUAAUUAUCUUUAUACUACGGUAUUAAUCAAUGGCAAUUAAAAGGCAUAUUCAUGGCUUAAUGUUCAUAAACAUUCUUUUGUUAUAUAAUUGGUGUAUUCUUAUUUUUUCAUUAUUUAUAUAUUUUUUGCAUUUUGCAUUCUUUGAAUUUUAGGUACUUAUGUAUAUUCUAAUAUUAACGUUCAAUGACCGUUUCAGAUUACCAUUAAAAUAACUUACUGUGAAUAUUAUUGUUUUAGAACAGUAAAUAGUGUUUGUGAAUAUUUUUCUCAAACAGAAGUGGUUAUGUUUGUAUAUACUGUAAAACUUGUCAUGUCAGUUACAAAUAUGUUUACGACAAAUUUCAAUAAAUAGUCUAAAAUGGCAUUAAAUCACAAAAAAAGAUAAGUAAUGUAAGUAAAUUAAAAGAAGUUUGCCGUGUUUUUGUUUUGUAAUUACUAGGCCAAAUCGCUGUCUCUUGUCUUUGAAGUCGACAUCACAAGAAAAAAUGCAUGAACCACUUCAUUGUUGUGCAUUAACUUUUUUCCUACAAGUUGCAAUAAAACUAGUUACACAAAUUUAUUAGAUAAAAUAAAAAAGGUGAAAUGUG